AUGCUCCUCGGGCAGUCGAGCCAAGACGAGCUCCUCGGCAAGCCAUGGCGGCUGGCGCGGCAGAUGGACGACGUCGGCGAGCGCCUCUCGCGGCUAGCGCUCAAGAACUACCACGUCUUUGUGCAGAGCCAGCAGUGCUCGCAGGUCGUGACGGCCGAGCUCCAGACGAUCGCAGGCAACGUCAACGCUGUCGAGGCCGCUCUGCCGCAGCUUCUCGCCGCCUGCAGCGCACUCGACACGACCGUCCACGAGGCCGCCAAGACCAACACGGAGAUCCAAUACAUCCUUGCCCACCACACGCAGCUCAUGGAGCUUCUCGAGAUCCCCGAGCUCGUCGAGGCCUGUAUCUCCAGCGACUUGCUGGAGGAAGCGCUCGAUGCGAUCCAGUUUGCAAAGACGCUUCUGGCCGACGAAGCCGCCAAGCCAACGUCGCACGUCAUCUUGCGCAGCCUCCUGCGCGAGGUGCAAGACGCGACGACGACGCUUCGGUCCAAGAUCAUCGAGACGCUGCAGCAGGACCUUCCGCUGGCCAAAUGCCUCCACCUGGUCGCGUACCUCCGGCGCGCCGAUGCGAUGUGGUCGCCCGUUCCGAGCGGCUACGAAGAGGCCUUGAAGCACGAGUUCCUCGACUGCCGCAGCAAGUGGCUCGCCCACACGACGCAGGGCCUCGCGACGUCCGAUCCCUACCACCACCUCAUGCAGCUCAUUGACGCCAAGCGCACGGGGUGGUUUGACCUGAUUACGCAGUACACGGCGAUCUUUGGACACCAGCAAGUGCUGGAGAAGACGGACACGCCCUUGUGCAACUGGGCCGUCCGGCUCGUCGUCGACCUCAUGCUCGUCGUCGACGCGCUCUUGCCCAAGAUCGACGACUUUGGGUCGAUCGCGUCGGUGCUCGAGCAAAUGCUCUUCUUCGCCGGCUCGCUCGGUCGCGUUCAAGUCGACUUUUCCUCGCUCGUGCUCGUGGCCUUUGAGCACCACAUUCUGGAGCGCAUCUCGGCCCAGUGGAAUGCAGCGGUCUCGGACUUCCAGGCCGCGCUCCACGCGCACGUGCAGCCCAAAGCUGCGUACAGCGCGACACCCAUCAUGCUCGCCUCGUUCCGCCAGCUCGCCAUGUCGGCGUCCCAAGAUGGCCCGCCGCACGCGCUCAUGGCCUUCCCGAUCCUCGCGCAGCUCACGAAUGGCAUGCUCUCUUCGUUCAACGACCUCCGGCUCUGCACGCUCAACGCCCUCCGCUUCCGCUUCUCGACGCAGCUCCAGGCGACGCUCGAGCGCGUCGCCGACGUCCUCACGACGUUUUGCGCGACGAUUGGCGUGGCACCCGCGCACUCGGACGACCCCCGCUGCCUCGACAUGCAGCUGCUCAAGCUCACGCAGGUGCUCCAGGACGAGUGGGUGCCCUACAUGCUGCAGUGCUUUGACGUGCUCUUCUCGACCCAAGUCGGACUGCCGUCGGGUCUGCACCAGGCGCGCGUCCAAGCAGCCCUUUGCGCGCUCUUGCCCCACCCCUAA